AAUCCUACUUUUCCAAGAGACGCCUUUGAGGAAAAAGAAAAAUCAAAAUUUUUAUUUGGAUCUCAUUCCUCAAAGAGGUCUUUGAUGGGUUCAGGAAUCGUGGGUUUUUGGUAAUCAAUUCUGCAAAUGAAUAUCCUCUCAAACCAAAUUCGAAAAACCAAUUCUUUCUCUGUGAUUCAUCAGAUUUCGAACUUUCAUGCUUGAGAAAGAAGUAGGAUGAAGCAUUUCACCGACCUAUAGCCCGCCCCUUUUCAUCCACCGCAGAAACCCCAUUACAAUCUUCUCAUCAUCCUCUUCUGUGGUCGAUACUUGCAAUUGGAAGAAAUGUAUGGAACCCAAACCACUAGAGAAAUUUCUCAUGAAUUUCAGCAUCAAAUGCCAUAUUGGAGGCCCAGCAUCCACACCAGAAGAGCAAACAUUGUUGUCAAAUUCCAAGAUCUUUAUGGGUUUACCGUGGAAGGGAAUGUCGACGAUGUGAACGUUUUGAACGAGGUGAGAGAGAAGGUGAGGCAGCAGGGCCGUGUGUGGUGGGCUUUGGAAGCAAGCAAAGGCGCAAAUUGGUAUUUGCAGCCUCAGAUUUCUUCCAACACUGAAGGCAUUGCUGUGUCCUCCCUCAAGCUAUCAGUCCUCUCGAAUACUAUUGCCUUGAAGAAGCUCAUCAGGAAGGGUAUCCCACCUGUUCUACGGCCUAAGGUCUGGUUUUCAUUGUCUGGGGCGGCCAAAAAACGGUCUACAGUGCCUGAGAGCUAUUAUGAAGAUUUGAUCAAUGCCGUCGAGGGGAAAUCCACACCUGCUACACGGCAGAUCGAUCAUGAUUUACCGCGCACUUUCCCUGGUCAUCCAUGGUUAGACACUCCGGAGGGUCAUGCAGCUCUGCGACGUGUUCUUGUUGGCUAUUCUUUCCGUGAUUCUUGUGUUGGAUACUGUCAGGGCUUAAACUAUGUGGCAGCAUUGUUGUUGCUAGUGAUGAAAACUGAAGAAGAUGCAUUCUGGAUGCUUGCGGUCCUUUUGGAAAAUGUCUUAGUGAAUGACUGCUACACUGAUAAUUUGUCAGGAUGCCAUGUUGAGCAAAGGGUUUUCAAGGACUUGCUUGCUAAGAAGUGCCCAAUCAUAGCUGCACAUUUGGAUGCUUUGGGUUUUGAUGUCUCCCUUGUUGCCACUGAAUGGUUCCUAUGUCUAUUCUCUAAGAGCUUGCCUUCAGAGACCACAAUGCGAGUGUGGGAUGUUCUUUUCAAUGAAGGGGCAAAAGUUAUAUUUCAUGUUGCCUUGGCUAUAUUCAAGAUGAAGGAGGAGGAGUUAUUAAUGGCCCAUCAAGUUGGUGAUGUAAUCAGUAUCAUUCAGAAAACAACCCAUCAUCUCUUUGACCCUGAUGAGUUAUUGACAGUGGCUUUCGAUAAGAUCGGUUCCAUGACAACCAACACUAUUACAAAGCAAAGGAAAAAGCAAGAACCAGCAGUCAUGGCAGCACUUGAUCAAAGAUUGAGACGACUAAAUUCUCUAAAGAUGGAUGACAAAUAACUGAUUUGGUUUCUGCAACAUGUUAAUCAGACGAUAGGUCAUAUCCAGCACCCCAGUUUAGGCCUGGUGUUCCUUUUAGAGAGAGAGAGAGAGGGUUGUACAAUACAAAAGUUUCCAAAAGUGAGGGAAGCCCAAGAACAGGUGUCUCAGGCUGUGAUAUGGGUAAUGUACAUUUUCAGUUGUGAUGAAAUAUACAAUUAUACUGCGAUGCAGGUCAAGGCUUUGUGGUGGAUAUCUAUCCAUACUAUAUUUCUGGUUUUAGACAUGUGAGAUUCUGCAGUU